UUGUGGUGGCGCGCGGUGAAGCUGCCGAUGUACGCCGUGGCGUGGAUACCGCUGUUGUGCGCGGCGGCGUUGACGUAUUGUCAGUUUGGAUUCGUGGAUUGGAGGCACGCGGGGACGCUCGCCGCGGGGGCGACGGCGACCGUCGCGUGGUUGAAUUUGUCAAACGACGCGUUCGAUUCGGAGACGAACGUCGACGCGAGGAAACCGGAAUCGAUCGUGCGAUUGAUGGAUGGAAAUGUGCGCGCGGUGCACGCGAUCGCGAUCGGGUGUCUCGUCGGCGGCGCCGCGGCGUUGUGGAGCGCGUGCGAGGCGAGCGGGAAUCCGACGUCGUGGCGCGCGCUCGUCGCGGCGGUGGCGCUCGGAUACGCGUACCAAGGACCGCCGUUCAGGUUAUCGUAUAAAGGAUUAGGCGAGCCGCUUUGUUUCACCGCGUUCGGGCCUUUGGCGACGGUCGCGUUUUACAUCGCCAUGGCGGGAAAAGCCGCCGGCGGCGCGGCGGUCACCGUCCCAGCCAUCGUGGCCAGCGUCGCCAUCUUGCUCGGAUGCACGACGGCGUUCAUUCUGUUCACCUCACACUUCCAUCAAGAGCAAGGCGAUCGCGCGGCGGGCAAGCUCAGUCCCGUCGUUCGCCUCGGUUUACCCGGAGCCCUCCUCGUCGCCGACAACCUCAUCGGCGCGCACUACGCCACCAUCGCCACCCUCGCCGCCGCCGGUUGGCUUCCCUACACCGCCGUCUUCGGCUUAAUCAUCACCUACCCCCUCGCUCGGCACAUCGUCGAUUUCGCUCAAGACCGCGCCGACGCCGGCGCGAUCGAAGACCUGUUCUACACCAAGUAUUUAGCCGUGCGCUAUCACGUCGUCCACGGCGUCCUGCUCGCCCUCGGC